GGAAGCAGCACCGCGUCACUCCCCUCCCCCGCGCAGAUCCAGAUCCACCCGGCGCGGCACAGCCGCGAUCCUCCCACCAAUAAUGGCCACCGCGGCGGCGCCGCCGCCGCUCUCCUCGCCGGAGUCCGACCCGCGCCUCGUCGAGGCCUUCACCCCCUUCCUCGACAAGCUCGUCAAGAACGCCUCCUGGCGCAACAAGGCGCACUCCAAGCUCUCCCACACCGCCAAGUCCAUCCUCGACCGCCUCCAACGCCCCCCGCCCGCCACUCCCGCCGCCCCCUCCACCCCGACCUCCCCCUCCACCCCCACCUCCUCCUCCUGGCAGCCGGGCCCGCUCCGCAGCCUCUCGCUCGAGGACUCGGAGCUGCUCCUCUCCCCCAUCGCCGCCGCGCUCGGCUCCGGCAGCGCCAAGCUCGCCGAGGCCGCGCUCGAGCUGCUCCACCGCCUCAUCGCGCACUCCUACAUCCACGGCGAGGCCGACCCGUCCGCCGACCCGUCCGCCCAGCUCCUCGCCACGCUCCUCGAGGCCGCCUGCAACGCGCUCCACCUCGACGACGACCACAUCGAGCUGCUCCUCCUCAAGACGCUCCUCUCCGCCGUCACCUCCACCUCCGUCCGCCUCCACGGCGACUGCCUGCUCCGCGCCGUGCGCGCCUGCUACGACAUGUACCUCUCCAGCCGCAGCGCCGUCAACCAGGCCACCGCCAAGGCCUCCCUCGUGCAGAUGCUCGUCAUCGUCUUCCGCCGCAUGGAGGCCGACUCCUCCACCAUCCCCGUGCAGCCCAUCGUCGUCGCCGAGGUCAUCGAGCUGCCCGAAACCGCUUCAGGCGGAUCGCCUACCGCCGACCCCAACUUCGUGCAGGGGUUCAUCUCCAAGAUCAUCGGGGACAUUGACGGCGCGCUCACCCCUCUAUCCCGCACAGCUUCAUCCGCGGCCACGGGGGCAGGCACCGCUGCCGUGCCCCACGACGGUGCUUUUGAGACCACGGCAGCGGCCGAGGAAGGGACCAAUCCUGCGGAUUUGCUCGAUUCCACGGACAAGGACAUGCUGGACGCCAAGUACUGGGAGAUCAGCAUGUACAAGACGGCCCUCGAGGGACGCAAGGACGAGCUUGGCGUGGAGGGGGCCCUGGUGGCCACAUUGGACGAUGAUGCUGAUGUUAGGAUUGGGAAUAAGCUAAGGAGGGAUGCUUUCUUGGUUUUCCGGGCAUUGUGUAAGCUCUCCAUGAAGACGCCACCCAAGGACGCGCCAGCUGAUCCACUGGUCAUGCGGGGGAAGAUCCUUGCUCUUGAACUUCUCAAGAUUUUGCUUGAAAAUGCUGGGGCUGUCUUCCGUACUAGCGACAGUUUAUUCCAUGAAACAUGGUCUAGUUACAGCUUAAGGAAGAGACCAACUGUUCUUGUAAAGAUUAGGCAGUGA